AUGGACACCAAUUACGGAUAUACUCCACGGAAACCAGUGCAAACAACGACGUCUAGCAUUGAUUUCAUAUCGCAGGAGGGUGAUCCGUCCGCUUCAACGUUAUCUGGAGGUCAAUACAACACGGCCUAUACUGAGGCCUCUGAUUGGACCCAUCAGCCACUAUUGCCGCUCCCACCGGCCGCAGUCAAGUCCCAUCGAAGGCGACUCUUCUGGUGGGCUGUGAGAUACGCUAUAGUGUUCAUCUUCAUCUUCGUCAUACUGCUCAUUCCAAUCAUUGUACUCUCUGACCAAGGGGACGUCGAUGAUGACGCACCGAUUGAAGAUCUUAUCGCAGCUCAGCGUGUCAACCUCGGCUUCUACAUAGCUCUAUGGUUGGAGAUUACAUGGGUUUUUGCAGCAUUUUUUGAUAUCAUCGGUCUUGUCCUGCCAUAUCUUUUCCGGUUUAUUGCCCGAUAUGUCAAUUCUGCUCAUCAGCGGUACUGGCGCGUCUUUAAAUUUAUGCGCAGACCUAUCUGCUUUCUUGGUACAACCAUUGCUGCAUUUGUCUUCUUCAGCGCUGCUAUCCAAGACAACCCCAUAUUACUUAUUGACACGGAUCCCGACGCAUGGUCAGACUGGAAUAACGUCGUUAGUGAUGUUCUUCAGCAGCUUACCCUUUGGAUGGCCUUCUACCUGAUCGAAAAGGUGGCUAUUUCCUAUAUUGCGAUCCACUACCAUUAUCGACGCACUGGCACAACUUUAGAACGCACCAAAAACAUCCAACAGGCGCUUAUAAUUCUAUACGAAGCUUCCAUAUACCUUCACAAGGUCGGUGAUCACACGUUUUCAGACGAAGAUGCCAUCAUACGGAACGCAAAAGGCGAUAUGAAGCCCUCGGCUCGCGUACGCUUAUCGAGCUAUUUCGCCCGCCUUGGUCUCGAUAGUUAUAAAUUCGUAUCACUAUUUGGCAGCCUCAUCUCAGACGAUUCGGAUUCUCACUGGCUGCGUCCUGGCUCAUCUUACGCAACUAUAGAACGUGCUUGGGCCAAUCCCACGGCCGCGGCGGCACUGGCUCGACGCAUUUGGCUAUCCCUUGUCCCAAGAGGUCAAUAUGGCUUAGCAGAGAGAGAUAUUAUCGAGAUACUGGGACCAAACCGCGCGACAGAGGCAAAAUCUCUGUUCAAGGCAAUCGAUGAAAGCGAUAGCGGCUACAUCCCACUAGAUGAUUUCGUGGGAAUGGUAACUGAGGCUGGUCAACAGAAGCAUCACAUAUUCAAGACUAUUGCCGAUAUGGACCACUGCAUCAAUACACUAGACUGGCUGUUUCUACUUAUCAUCGCGGCUGUCAUGAUCUUCUUCAUAAUGCUGCUCUAUGUUCCCGCCAUCAAAGAAAUCCAAAGUGUGCUAUCAUCUCUCGCCAUUGGCCUGUCGUUCGCCAUUGGGCGCACUAUAAACCAUUUAUUGACAGGCAUCAUUUUUAUAUUUUUUGAUCACCCUUUCGAUUCCGGCGACGUUGUGAGGCUUUGCACUCCCAAUCUGAAAGAUGGGAUAGUCUGCACGGUGAAGCGCCAGUCUCUGACUUAUACAGUCUUCCGUCGAUUGGAUAGCAACUCAGACCUUCAGAUAUCUAAUGAAGAACUGGUCCGAAAGUCCAUUGAAAACUUCACAAGAUCGGAGAUUAACAAACAGAGCAUCACCAUGUUCCUCGAUUUCCGCACCAGCUUCAAAGACCUUAAUAAGCUACAAGCCAUGCUCGAAGCUUUUGUUGCCGACAACAGUCGCGAUUACGUACCUGGCACCCUGGCAUUCAACGUCACAUCUCUUCACGAGUUGAAUAAAAUGGAAGUGCGCAUAGUAUUUACACAUCGGAAUAACUGGUCCAAUGAAAGGCUGCGAUCGAUGCGGAGCAAUAAAUUCCACUGCAAUCUGAUAGCAGCAUGUCGCCAGAUCCCUCUGUUCAAGCCUGGCGCAUUACUACCCGCACCAGGCGAAAAUGGAAAUCCUUUGUAUACUGCACAACUCAGCAGCUCUGAUGUCACAGCGAACAUCCAGAAGGAAGUGCAACGGCGACAAGGCCUAAGAUGGGACAAUGAGGUGAAAAAAGAAGAGAUUGGAGCGCAAAGUGAAGAGAGUGACGAAGAGGUAGCAGCGAAGAUCGAAGCCGCUAGGAAACAAGCAGAAGUUGCAAGUGAGGCGAAGAAGACUGAAAAAGAGGCGUUUCAAAAAGUCUCGAGAUCUGUCCCACAACCGCAGCCAGUCGCUUCUAGCACUGGAGUCAAUGUGCCGAGAGGGACAUCUGGACUGCGAUUAGCAACGAGACACACCGAAGAGGCCUAA